AUGGUUCGCCCCCGGGGAGGCUCAGUCUUGGGCGUCGACAUCCGAGGCGACACUAGCGCCCCGGCAAUGUCGACGAUGAAUGAAACAAGCCCGAUUGAUUCCUCGUCCUCAGAUUCGAAGUUCGAUGGCGCACAGAAACAGGCCAGCAAAGCACCAUCGAAACGGCGCCGCAGUCGCUCCCUGCUGCAUCGCUUCGCCGAUACUUGUCUGCGUUACACAUGGCUCCUGCCGCUUAUUCUCAUGCUGUUCUUGAUCGGACUAUAUGCCAUCAACCCCACAACCUCGAACCCCAUGCACAGCGCUAUUUUCCUCUCGUACCCCCAGCCCCCUAAGACUCCCGGUGGACCCAUCAUGUACGGUAAGGGCAAGAAGGAUAUCGCAUUUGUCGCAUUCUACACGGUCGUGCUGUCCUUCACGCGCGAGUUCAUCAUGCAGCAGGUCAUCCGCCCGUUCGCAGUGUGGUGCGGCAUUCGCGGCAAGGGAAAGACUGCGCGAUUCAUGGAGCAGGUGUACACCGCGAUGUACUUCGGAGUAUUUGGACCGUUUGGUCUGUAUGUGAUGAAGCGAUCGAGUAUCUGGUACUUCAACACGACCGCGAUGUUUGAGGGCUUCCCUCACCGCGAGCACGAGGCCGUCUUCAAGGCGUACUACCUUCUCGAGGCGAGCUACUGGGCCCAGCAGGCGAUCGUGCUGCUUCUGCAGUUGGAGAAACCCCGCAAGGACUUCAAGGAGCUGGUUGGUCACCACAUUAUCACACUGGCUCUCAUCGGGCUGAGCUACCGCUUCCACUUCACAUACAUGGGCCUGGCAGUGUAUAUCACCCACGAUAUCUCCGACUUCUUCUUGGCUACCUCCAAGACCCUCAAUUAUCUGGAUGCAUAUAUCACCGCACCCUACUUCGCCAUGUUCGUUGGAUGGUGGAUCUACCUGCGUCAUUUCCUGAACCUGAAGAUCCUCUGGGCUGUUCUGACUGAGUUCCGCACUGUUGGACCCUUUGAGCUCAACUGGGAGACUCAACAAUACAAGUGCUGGAUCAGUCAAUACAUUACCUUUGCGCUGCUUGCCAGUCUGCAGGCUGUCAACCUGUUCUGGCUCUUCCUGAUCCUGCGCAUCCUUACCAACUACAUCUUCACCAACGUCACCAAGGACGAGCGCAGCGAGGACGAAGAAGAGGAAGAAGAGCAUGAGGCUGUCACUGAGCCCAAGGCCAUUGCCACUGGCGCAGACCAGUCCGGCAAGGAGAACCUGGCCCCUCAGGUUCUGCUGAACGGCAAGCCUGUCACCGAACACCGCGGUCCCCGGACCCGCAGCCGCAAGGCGUAA